UGAAAGCCAACCCACAUGUAGAUCAGAGUUUACAGCUCGGCUUUGUCUCUCAUCUCUGUUCUCACCUGAAUACCUCUGUGCCAAAGUUCAGCGCUCACAAGCCGGGACAAUAGGAGAAAGAAGACACUGGACUAGAUGUUCUCUGGCAGCUUCAUCUUACAGAUUGUGUGUGACCCUGAGAGAACUGAACACAAACACCCGUAACUAUUCAACAAGCUCAACAGCACAACGGGAUUCGUUCCCCUGGCAAUGCAAAACUAAGAAGACACUGUCAGUUUUAAUUGACCCAGAGCAACAUGACCAACAGGAAGGCAGAGGUCAAGCGAAGGAUUGUGUCCAAGGACGGUCACAACAAUGUCCGGAUUGACAACGUGGAGGGCAUGGUCAAGCUGUACCUGCAUGACAUCUGGACCACUGUGGUGGACAUGAAAUGGCGCUACAAACUCACUCUGUUUGCUUCUACAUUUGUCAUGACUUGGUUCCUCUUUGGGGUCAUCUUUUACUUCAUUGGCAUGGGCAACGGAGACUUUGAGGGUGGUUUGAAUUCGAACCACACGCCCUGUCUGAUGAACGUGGAGACACUCACUGGAGCCUUCCUCUUCUCUCUGGAGUCACAGACCACCAUUGGCUAUGGUUUUCGUUAUAUUUCUGAGGAAUGUCCUCUGGCUAUCUUCACCCUGGUGGCUCAGCUCGUCAUCACCGGCCUGGCUGAGAUCUUUGUCACUGGUGCCUUUCUAGCUAAACUGGCUCGGCCCAAGAAGCGGGCAGAGACCAUCAAGUUCAGCCAGUUGGCAGUGAUCUGCUGGCGCCAGGGAAAGCUGUGUCUGAUGGUGAGAGUGGCUAACAUGAGGAAGAGCCUUUUGAUCCAGUGCCAGCUAACAGGAAAGCUCCUCCACUCAAAUGUGACACAGGAAGGUGAGAAGACACAAGUCCACCAGACAUCUGUUGAUUUUCAGAUGGACUCCAGUGGAGAGUGCCCUUUCCUCAUCCUCCCGCUCACCUUCUACCACGUUCUGGACGAUCACAGCCCACUGGUAGGACUGAACGCAGAAAACCUUCACACCCGAGAGUUUGAGCUGCUGGUCACCCUCAAUGCCACGAUGGAAUCGACGGCAGCCACGUGUCAAAGCCGCACAUCUUUCAUUCCCCAGGAGAUCCUCUGGGGUUACGAGUUCAAGCCGGUGCUGUUCAGCACCACAGGUGGCCGCUAUGUGGCAGAUUUCAACUUUUUUGACAAGGUACAAGUGAGCAACGAUGCAGCCCUCCUCAGAAACAACACGGAGAAGCUAAAAAUUGAGGAGGACUAUAAAAAAGAAUAGAGGAUAAAUGUGGUACUAUACUGUAUUGUACCUGUUACUCUCACGGCUAUGAGCCCUAAUUCAAACACACAUUAUUUGAAUAUUGUUGUAAAAUAUCAUAUGAAAACUGAUUUGGUCCUGUCUCUCAUAACAAUACUUGUUUUUGUAAAUCAAAUUUUCCAGCAGACUAGAAAACCUGAUAUGAAAAUAUAAUUUCUUUGCACAUUUUAUUUAUUGUUUUAAUCAUUCUGAUGUCUUUUUUAAAAUAUUAAUUUCAAAGUUUUAAUCUCGUGAAGUAUACCAGAAUUGUUCUUAAUUAUUGGUUGGAUAACGAGGGUUGAUGACCCCAAAGAAAAUUAAUGAGACUGGGUUUUAGUGGAGGGUUUUAGUGUUCCCAAAUUGUAAAUGCUUCAGGGCUUUGUUAAAUAAUAAUUUAAUUUUUCUUUAGAUCCUGUGUUCCAUCACGCUUAUUUACCUUUUUGCGAAGAGUUAGAUGAGAAGAUUGAUACCACUUGUAUGCAAAAUGUGAAGCUACGGCAAUUAUCACUGGAAAAACAGUAACACGUUAUAUCUUGUUUUUGUCCAUUAUGUGCAAAACUUGAAGAGUAAAAAUGACAACUUGUUGGUUUUACAAGUGGUGUUUAGCUUAGCUUAGCUUAGCAGAAUGUGGGCUUUUACAAUGUUGCUAAUAUUCAUGAUGCUCAGUAGUUGUUGGUCAGGAAAUAUCUAAAUAACAUAUACACACAUAUACAGUGUAAUGUUUAAUUAAUAAGACAGAUUUGAAGUGGAUGGAAGAUGUAUUUUUCACUUUUUACAAACUUAUAGGCUAGCAGUUUACCCCUGUUUCCAGGGUUUGCGCUAAGCUAUGCUAAUGCACAGAAAUGAAGCUGAUAUCAAGCUGCUCAUCUGGACGUGUGUGACACUGAACAAGCAUUAUUCCCAAAACAUCAGACUGCUCCUUUAAAAAUACUGAUGGUCAGAACUUCUGGAAGCUUUAGAUUAGAUUAGAUUAGAUUAGAUUAGAUUAGAUUAGAUUAACUUUAUUUAUCCCACAACUGGGAAAUUCAUUUACCACAGCAGAAAAAUAAACAUCUAUAGAAUAAACAUCUAUGGAAAUAUACAACAAAAAUAUACCAAAUAUACACUAAUAAAUACAAUAUACACAAUACACACGAUAUGUACAUGAAAAAGUGCAAGUUUGGUUCUAGUCCAGAAACAUAUGGCCGCCUGUAGUUUCAGUCUUUUAGGUGGAUUUCUAAUUUUAAAACAUAAAGCAUCUCUCUGCCUGGAGAGGAUAAAUAUGAGAAUAUAUUAGUGCCUGUUACACAUCGACAGGUGCUUCACUGUUACUGAAUUUGUAAUUAAUCUUGUAAAUCAGAUGUAAGCAUUGUUAUGUGUCACUCAGUUCGGACAGAUGAGUCUUAUGAGGGUAUAAUGGUGAUACACGGGGGGUAUAUAAUGCAGAGGCUAAUAUAAAUAAUUACUGUUUGGUUUGUAAAUAAAUGUGUCUUUAUUCAGUAAAAAUAACAGUGUUGUGUUCAUUUUUGUGAAAACUGAAUUGAAUGUUGAAUUGAAGUUAAUAAUGACUCUAUGUAGGAUCAGUGAAUGGUGGAAAGUAACUAACUACAUUUACCCAAAUACUGUAAGUAUAGUUUUGAAGCAUCACAUUUUAUGCAGCUUCUGCUUCCACUCAGUUCAGAGACAAGUGUUGUACUUGUUGAUCCAGUUUAUCUGACACCUACUUUAAGAUCUUUAUCACAUUAAUGUAUCUGUAAUUCAGUAAAGUAAUACUGCAUAACACUCUGGGGCCAUUCUGCAUGAAGAGUACUUUCUCUUUUGAUACUUUAAGUACAUUUUGUUGCUGAUUACAUUUAUUUGUCAGGUUUUGAAUGCAGGAAUUUAAAGUGUAAAUUUGUACUAUGAUAUUGAAAUUUACUUCAUUAAAGGAU